CCGAGGGGAAAAGGAAAAGGAAAAGGCCCUUUCGUUUUUUUCCUUUAAAAGGCUAAGCUCGAGUGCUAGAGGAUUUGUCAUUUGUGCAAUUGCUGGUGGAUUCCACUUACUGGCUAUAGCACAUUAGCACGUACGGAUUACCUACAACUCCAGAGCUGAUGACAGAGCGAGUGCACAUUAAUGUGCACCGGUCCUUGGUGGAGAGCAUAAAUUAAGCAGAUCAAAGCAUGCCUGCUCUCUCCUCCGGUCUAGCUUCUUACAGGUGAAUCUGACUUCAAGCCAAUUGAGUGAGUGAGGAGCCACCCUUUGCUAAUCGUUCGUCGUCGCUCAUGACGACGACUACGCCAGAGAAGAGACCAUCGACGACAACGACGAAGAGGGCGACGCUGAGCACGCCCUGUAUUCUGAUCAUAGUGGUGGCUGGCGUGGAGAGGUUCGCGUACAAGGGCGUGGCGUGCAACCUGGUGACUUACCUCACCGGCGUGGUGGAGAUGAGCACGUCGGCGGCGGCCAAGAGCGUCAGCAUUUGGGCCGGGGUCACCUCCAUGCUGCCGCUCUUCAGCGCCGUCCUCGCCGACUCCUACUGCUGGGAUCGCUACUCCACCAUCGUCGCUUCCUCCUUGCUCUAUGUCGCCGGGCUGAUAGGACUAACCUCAUGGGAACUGCUCCGCAAAUGGAUGCCACGCUCUUCCCUCUUCUUCCCGCUCUACCUGAUCUCGAUCGGGCAAGGCGGGUACAACCCUUCACUGCAAGCCUUCGGCGCCGACCAGCUCGACAUCGGAGACGACGAUGAUGACGGCAUCGGAGAGUCCGGCUCCGGCAGCUCGUCAGAGGAGAAGGGCAAGGUGAAGAGCGCCUUCUUCCAGUGGUGGUACUUCGGCAUCUGCAGCGGCAGCCUCAUGGGGAACUCCACCAUGCCCUACGUCCAGGACACCAUCGGCUGGGGGAUCGGCUUCGCCAUCCCCUGCGCCGCCAUGGCGCUCUCCCUCGCGGCCUUCCUCUGCUGCACUCCUCUCUACAAGCAGCAGAUCAAGCAACCGAGAAGCGUCGAUGAUGGGCGUUCUCCUGGGAGCAUCUUCAGGGCUCUCAGGUCGCUUCUCAAGACUGUUUCCGCCGGAAAGAUCCGUUUGCCGUCGAGACACGAGGACGGCGACGACGAUGCUUCUGAGCUAGAGUUGCAGGAGAAGCCUCUGAAAGUGGCCGAGCUGACGGACCCAAAAGAGUGCCUGUCGAAUGAGGCUCAAGCUCAACCCGGCGUGGCCAAGAUCAUCCUGGGGCUUCUACCGAUCUGGACGGUGCUGCUGAUGUUCGCAGUGAUCUUCCAGCAGCCGAUGACGUUCUUCACGAAGCAGGGCAUGCUGAUGGACCACAGGGUGGGUGGCAGCGGGCUCGUGAUCCCGCCAGCGAUGCUACAGAGCACCAUCACCGUGUCCAUCAUCCUGCUCAUGCCUCUCUACGACAGGAUGAUCAUCCCCAUGAUCAGCAUCAUCACGCGGGACAGCAAGGGGAUCACGGUGCUCCAGCGGAUCGGCGUCGGCAUGGUCCUCUCCGUCGUCGCCAUGGUGAUCGCGGCCGUCAUCGAGUCCCGGCGCCGCCUCGUGGUGGGUCAGAUGAGCAUCGCAUGGCUCCUGCCGCAGUACCUGCUGCUGGGCGUGUCGGACGUGUUCACCGUGGUGGGGAUGCAGGAGUUCUUCUACACGCAGGUCCCGGGAGCCAUGAGGACCAUCGGCAUCGCGCUCUACCUCAGCGUCUUCGGCGUCGGGAGCCUGGUCGGGGCGAUGCUGAUCUCGGCGAUCGAGAUGGCCACCGCAAGGAACAGCACGAGCCACGGCUGGUUCUCAGACGAUCCCAGGGAGGCGCGCCUGGACAGCUACUACUGGUUCUUGGCGCUCCUCGGCGCCAUCAGCUUCGUGAUUUUCACACAGCUUUGCAAGUACUAUAAAUAGUGUGGGAUUGGAGUUAGGAUUGGGAGUAGGAGAAUUGUGUCGCUUACUCGCAUCGCAUUCCUGCUGUUGCAACUUAAUUACACGUACAGUAGCUAGGUGACAGGGUGAGCUAGUUCAGGUGUGUUCUGCAGAUUUUCCAUAAAAUGUAAUUUUCUAUAAUACAUUUCAGAUACUCUACUAGUGUAUAUAGUAUUGUGUAAGAUGUAUAGGCAUAUGUCCCACACUACUCUCUUCUUUUACCCACCUUCCCCUCUAUGAUAUGUGGGGUAGCUUGCUUGGUGGAUCAUGUAAAAAUGAGUAGUGCAUAUUUUUAGAGCUAGAACUGACUUACUGACAUCA